UGGGCGUUUCACAUCUCCGCAUCCUUUUACUACCACCAAGUGUGAAGUUUCCACAAAAUCUGGAGAGACAAGAGAAGUGAAUCCAAAGGAAUUAAUUAAUUGUUAGUGGAAUGCGAUUCACUCUUCUUUCCCGUGCGCCUGCUCCUUUUCUUUCUACCGCCUUCCUUAAAUUCAAAUUCGUUGCACCUUCCGCAGCGACUUUCACUAGGGUUUCUCGCAUGGCCGCUUCACCUUCUUCCGCGGCGCUUCGCGACGGCGCUCCUUCCGCUUCCUCCGCCAUUGAUUUCCUCUCUAUCUGCCACCGCCUCAAGACAACAAAGCGAACAGGUUGGGUGCGAAAAGAUGUUAAGAAUCCAGAAUCUAUAGCCGAUCAUAUGUAUCGAAUGAGUUUGAUGGCUCUGGUUGCAUCAGAUGUCCCCGGUGUAGACCGAAACAAGUGCAUUAAAAUGGCUAUUGUUCAUGACAUUGCAGAGGCAAUUGUUGGGGACAUAACUCCAUUGGAUGGAGUUUCUAAAGCAGAAAAGAAUCAACGAGAACAGGCAGCACUAGAUCAUAUGUGUAAAGUACUUGGAGGAGGAUCUACAGCAAUGGAAAUAGCAGAGUUGUGGAUGGAGUAUGAAGCAAAUUCUUCCCCAGAAGCUAAAUUUGUCAAGGACCUUGACAAGGUGGAGAUGAUACUCCAAGCUUUGGAAUAUGAAGUUGAGCAGGGGAAGGAUCUGGAUGAAUUUUUCUGGUCAACUGCUGGGAAGUUCCAAACUGAAACUGGCAAAGCCUGGGCAUCAGAGAUAGUAUCGAGAAGGAAGAAUAAUAAAUAAACCUCCCAGUAUGGAUCUUCCUUUCAAUGGGAUAGGGAUAGGUGGGGCUGUAUUUGGUUUGUUGAUGUGGGUUUUAUGUUCUUUUGGUCACAUUGGCAUGAAUGGGCGUAAUAGAUGGUAGAGGGAUAAUAACAGCGGCAAGAUGGUACGGACCACCUAAGAAAAGAGAAAUUAAAGCUGUGCAUGAAGCAGCGUAUAGUGAAAUCCACUAGGAGAUUUAAUCUCACCAUAAUCAAAUUUGUUCAACUAUGUCUAACCAUCAUUAUUUAUUUAUCAUUCAAAUCAGUGGACUGAAACUAUUGUUGAACUUUAAAAAGAUAGAUUCCAUGAAUUUUUCUUGCUAUGGAAUAAAGCAGAUCUGGGAUCACUCUCUUCCCGUGUGCUGCAUAGAAGUAUUUUUCCCGA